CUCAAGACUCAAGGUCUCCAGCAAAGUUCGUCUCAGACGUGAAAACCCUGCACCGAGUGUGUCGUCAUCACGAUGAUGGAAUGAAGAAUCCUCUUCACAUUACUCAAAUAUAUUCUUCUGUGAGGUUCUCGCUGCCGAUGGAAGACAAACACUGAGGUUUAUUCGGCUCAAUGGGACGCGCGACGAAAUAACACCGGCAAGGCGCGGCUUCGACGCGCAAACAGGAUUUUAUAGCUGCCUCCCUGCCGUGUGGUAAUCAUCGGGACAUUGCAGAAGAUACUCAACAACAACUUGAGAACGUUGCACCUGCAAGCUCAGAUGGCCCAUCACUAUGAGUCCUGGUUAAGAACAGCACCAUCUAGUGGCAACUCCGAAGACAUCAACAACAUCCCUUCGUGGUGGGAUCUCCAGAGGGAGGUUCACUCAGGGAACUGGAUUGACCUCCACACAGGGCAAGGUUUAGGUUUUCCUUCUGUGAGUCCAGGGAGCUCCAUGGGUCUGCAGUCCUCUUUAGCAUCCUACGGUUCCGACCCACAGCUCUGCUCCUUGCCUCUGACUCAGCAUGUACCGCCAUCGCACUCGCCUCACUUCUUCCCUCAGGACGGCUUCAAGAUGGAGCCUCUGCCUGCUGAAAUCCUGCAACAGGAGCCGCUCCCCCUGGAGGAGCCACAGGAGAAUGUUGGGUUGGCUCGCCCAAAGUCCCAGCGACGCGCUUCCAGAGGCGGCGGAACGGCGGCCUGUCGCUGCCCUAACUGCGUUCAUGCGGAGCAACUGGGUCAGAGCGCCGACGACAGCCGGAGGAAACACAUGCACAACUGCCACAUCCCCGGCUGUGGCAAAGCCUACGCCAAGACCUCCCAUCUCAAGGCUCACCUACGCUGGCACAGCGGGGACAGGCCCUUCGUCUGCAACUGGCUCUUUUGCGGCAAGCGGUUCACUCGUUCCGAUGAACUGCAGCGCCACCUGCAGACGCACACCGGCGCCAAGAAGUUCAGCUGCAUGCUGUGCCCUCGAGUGUUCAUGCGCAACGAUCACCUGGCCAAGCACAUGCGUACGCACGAUUCCACGGCCGGGCGCGGUGAGGAGAGGGUGAACGGAGAGGAAAAGGUGUUUGAUUCCUCCAAACCCCCUCAGUCAUCUUCAAACAUGUCCAUGCCUGACACCUCAGAGUCUUCCCUUAAGUUGAAGUGUAAGACAGAGUCCUCGGUCUCCAGUGGAACUGGACAGUGAACAUAAUUUCACAACCACCGUCAAGAUUUUAAAAGGUUUGUCUGUUGCACUUUGUGUCAUACAACUUGUACAAUGGAGUGUUUUAGGUUAAAAAGCUACUUGGAACGGAACGUGCUCUGCAAAAUGAUUUACAUUGAGCGAACCACAAACCGAUAAAUCAGAAAGGCUCUCAGUAGAGCUCAGACCUCUGCUGAGGUGAGUUUUUAUUUUGGUCCACCUGUAUGUUUGCAGGCCUGCUUUAUAGAGGGUGAUGUAAGUGUCAGAACCGCAGGGAAGUUUUCAUCAUGAUGCUCUAAAAAAAUCAGAGUUUCUCUUGUCAAUGAGGAAUAACAAACAAGGAUGGGAAUUUGCAUGAUAGUAGGUCUCCGCUAUUUUUUAUUCGUAUUCCAAGAACUCCCGACAAAGGCAAAAAAACCUGCUAAUAAUUAUGAAAAAGCUCUAGAGAGCCUCUUGUUUAUACAUGAAACCAGGGGUCUCCAACAGGCAGCAGAUUUUGAGUACUUGCCAAAACUCUUUGCUAUUUUUAAACGAGCUCUGUUGAGUCUAUUUAAUGACAAAACUAAAGUUGUCAGAUGAAUAUUUGUUUUAUGUAUAAUUAUUUUGUUUUUAAUCUCACUUAAAAAUUGAUGGCAUGGUCGAUCAAAAGAUUGACGUAUAUGACAAAAAAGGUGGCUUUGUAAACUCAUUUAAGUGUGACUUGAAAGUACCGUAUUUUUCAGACUACAAGGCGCUCUUAAAAUCCUUUCAUUUUCUCAAAACUCGACAGCGCGCCUUAUAACCCGGGGCGACUAAUGUACGGCAUCAUUCUGGUUGUGCUUACCAACCUCGAAGCAAUUUUAUUUGGUACAUGGUGAAAUAAUAAGUGUGAUCAGUAGAUGGCAGUCAUACGUAGGAGAUACGUGUAGGCUGCAAGAUGACGCCAGUAACCAACACCAAAACUUUAAAUGUUCUAUUGAGAAUAUAGAACAGGGGUCGGGAACCUUUUUGGUUGAGAGAGCCAAGAAGCCAAAUAUUUAAAAAUGUAUUUACAUAAGAGCCAUAUAAUUUCUUUUUAACACUGAACACAACUAAAAGCUUGCAUUUUUAAGUAAGACCAACAUUUCUAAAGUAUAAUAAGUCUCUUAUUAUUCGUAAUAACAUUGUUGUUCUGAAGCUAACUGUGGAGCGGUUGUGGCCUGUUGGUCUGCAGCGAAGCGGGGUGUUGCCAGGAUCGGUCUCGAAAUCAGCGACAGGUGCGUAAAUGGCCCACCUGAGCCUUGUUAUCUUAUCACCUGUCGCUCGGUUUAUAAGCAGCAGCCAGGAGGAGAGAAUGGAUUAGGGCUGGAGCCAGAGUGCGAGCGAGAAUGAAGGAGAAAAAGACAAUUGCUGGAAAGCAACUGAGAGACUUAAUGAAAAAUAAAACAAUAUUGUAACCCUGAAACAGGCUCUCAUGUCGGUGCUUGGUGGUCUGAAGAACCCCCGGGAUGGAUCGUCCCACACUCACCAAUAAUAGAUAAAUCACUUCUUACCAUUAACACAACUUCUUGAACAUAAAAAAGCAUGAGAAUAUUUUAUAUGUUGAACGUUAUUUUUAACACUGUGAUUACAAGUGGAAUUAUUCAUUAUUUAUCUUGUCAGGUAAUAUCAGCUCAGAUUUAUCCGAGAGCCAGAUGCAGUCAACAAAGAGCCACAUCUGGCUCGCGAGCCAUAGGUUCACUACCCCUGAUAUAGAACAUAACACAAGGCGCUCAAAAAACUGUCAAAAUGUUUUUAGUACGACUUUGGUAAGCUAUGAAGCCGCACCACUUGAUGGAUUGUCGGCGCUUUAAACAUACAAAUAUUAUUAUGGUGCGUGUAUAAGAACCGCAAAAUGGACGUUCUGUUUUGCAAUAUUAUGCAAAACCAACUUUUCUUACCUUCUGUUACCUGCUGAUGUGUAUUUGGGAUCUGCAUAAUUCCUGAAAUUGCACACAAGUCCACCAUUGUAGUCCGUGCCGACACCGUACUCAUAAGUUUCUUCUUUUUCUCUAUCUUCUUAUGUGGCAUUCAUCUUCCGCUGUUGACAUUCCUCAUAUAAAGUAGCGUAAAGUUCUUACUUAUAUAUGUCAGUAGACUACCUAUAAAAGUGCUACAAACUGUAGUGUGUUUACAUAAUUCACCCACGGAACUUUAGUUAUGAGAGGCUUCCGGUCGGAUGUUUUUUCACGGGACAUAUUUCCUGGGUUAAUUUGCAUUAUUUAGCCACGGAAUAGAUGAUUAAUACAUCCAUUUUACUCCUCUGUUAUUGAUUUAAGUAAAAUCUGAAUGUCAUUAAAACAGUUAGCUACA